UAGCAUACGAGUGUUGCCGUCUGCAGUUUGUUUACCAUCUGUUCAUCAACUUGAUCACAAAGCGUUUUCUCCCUUACUUCGUCUGCUCAUUUUUUGGAGGCCGAUUUUGAUCCAGAGCCGUCUGAUGUAAGCAUUAUGCCGUCACUACCCUCCCACAUCCGGUUUCAUGACGCACUUUUGCUAUGGGUUGCUCUGCCUCAGUAGACGUGAAGUCCCUGCAAUGGCCGACUAGGAAACAAUGCUGCUCUAAGAUGGACGAGGUUGACCUCAGUCCAGCCAGCAAGACAAGCACGCCAAGGAACUGGAUGUCUCUCACUCAAAACCUUCAGGCAUACACCAAACGUAAACAGCUUGAAGACAAGCAGCUGUUUGUUGAUGCUCAGUUCCCGCCUCGUGACGUCUCCAUUGGCAACAAGACUCAUAAACACGGCCAGAAGAAAAUUGUAUGGAAAAGACCCCAUGAACUAUCCCUCCACCCAGUGCUGGUAUCUGAUGGUACCAGCCGCCAUGACUUGAGGCAGGGAGAUUUAAACGAUUGCUGGUUUCUCUCCACUCUGUCGUCCAUUGCUGAGAAACCACAGCUCAUUUCAAAGAUCAUACCGGAAGACACCAGCUUUGGUACGAGUGAGUACAAUGGGAGGUUUCACUGCCGCUUUUGGCAGUUCGGAAGCUGGGUGGACGUUUACGUUGACGACUUGCUGCCUACCGUGGAUGGAAACCUGCUGUUUGCCAGGUCGUCUGACCCCAAUGAAUAUUGGGUCUCCUUGGUGGAAAAAGCCUACGCUAAGUUGAACAAAUCCUAUGCAGCUCUUGAAUACGGCUUUGAAGCUGACGCUUACACUGACCUGACAGGGGGUCUGGCUGAGUGGUACACGCCUGCUGACCUCAGAGAGAACGACUUUUACCUCAUGAGGGCAGCUUUUCAGUGCGGAGCUGUCAUUGGCUGUCUUAGUCUUGACAGAAACAACUCUGUAGCUAAAGAUGAGAAAGGUAUGGUGUCAAAUCACUCCUAUGUAGUUACUGGUAUUGAGGAAGUUCCCUACCUUGACAGAGCAGCUAAAAUAAUCAGAGUCCGAAAUCCAUGGGGGGAUACAGAAUGGCAAGGGGAGUGGUGUGAUGGUGGUGAUGAGUGGAACAGGGUGCCUGAAGCAGUCAAAAGAGAAUUAAAUGUUACAGCUCAGGAUGAUGGGGAGUUCUGGAUGUCUUUCAAUGAUUUCAAAAGGGAAUAUUGUAAUAUGAUAAUUUGCAAUAUGUCUCCAGACUUUGACCAUGAUGGUAUUAGUGAUAAAGCAGAGUAUCAGGUUCAUCUCCAUGGUAACUGGACUGCUGGUCUGAAUGCUGGUGGGUGGAUUGAGUGUGACACUUUUCAUCUAAACCCUCAGUAUCACGUGGUUAUACAUAGUGAUGUUUUAGUUCAACGUCGAUACAGUGGCCGUCUUCCUGUUGUGAUUUCCUUGUUACAAGUUUAUAAAAGAGGAACUCCAAAAGCCUCAGAAGAUGAUGGACUUUAUGCCAUUGGGUUUGAAUUAUUCCAGCUACCCGGUGUGCCAAUCAGCCCCUUGGGUGCAGACUUCUUCCAAGCUAUAGACCCACUGAUGCCGGAGAAUGAGGAAACCUAUGCCAAGUACAGAGAGACUUCUGGAAGGUUUUUUUUACAACCCGGAGACUACUUACUGGUUCCAUCCACUCAUGAACCUGGGAAAUCCAGGGAAUAUCUCUUCAGACUCUUCUCUGUUAGCAAGAUAGAAUGUAUAUGUGUAGGAAAUUUAACGUCCACAAGCUCUUAGCAUGCGGAUUCACGCUCCUGUUGAUAUUUUUUGUCACUCAUUUGUCUCACUUAGAUUGACAUUCUUGUUGAUACUAAUUCUCACACAUUUCUCUCUCUUAGAUUCACAUUCAUGUUGAUACUUAUUCUCACACAUUUCUCUCCCUUAGAUUCACAUUCUUGUAAAUACUAAUUCUCACACAUUUCUCUCUCUUAGAUUCACAUUCUUGUUGGUAUUUUUUUCACUCUUCUCACUUAGAUCUGUCUGACUACCACAUUUUACUGGCUGUCUAAAUUAGCUAACAUUUUUCAUUUAGGGGUCUUCCACACAAACAUUUUAAAAUUUUUAACCACCCCAUGAUAACUUUAGAUGAACCUCCUCAACCACAGCUUCGCAAUUUUAAAAAUUAUGAACAAAUGAUAACUGAUAACUCAUCAUCAUCUUUUCCCUUUUGUGACCAAAACAGGUGAGUCUCCAGUAAUUUUCCUCUCAGGCCCCUAGGACAAUCCUGUCUCUGUAAUCUGCUUCCUCGCAGUGUGCCUCCCUUGGCCUUCCGUUUUCUUUUUUUUUAGGCAUCCAGUUUUGUGUCAUUCCUGCUAUAUGAGUUUGAUAGAUAAGUUCUUCAUUUAAUUUGAUGGUUUUUAUUUCCAAAUCAAGAAAAAUUGAUGAAGGGUAUUAAACAUUUAUUUAUUACUUAGAAGUUUUACAAGUAUUAUUAUUUUACAGCAUUAUAUGUCCUAAGGCCCCCAGAAGUUCAUGAGGCUUGUCUGUUUUGUAAUCCCUCACAAAGGUACUCAUUUUAUACACAUAGGUAGUGAUUUAAUGACCCACUUAGCUGUUUUUGUACUAACAUAUUUUUUUUUAUAUGCUAAUUAAAGGCUUUGUGUUUGUUGUAAUAUACAAGCAUGUUCAAUUCAUAGUGGAUGUUCACAUAUACCCAGACCAUAUUGAUGUCAUACAUGGAUGACCCUUAGUUUCAAUAUUUAUUGAAUCUUUAUGACUAGCAUUUAUUAAUCUGAUGGAUGUGUUAUUAUAUGAUUUUAUAUUAAUGCAACUGAAAAGAGCAGCUGUGAUACUAUUUUUAUUGAAAAAAUGCAUGUUAUAUUUUAUUCCACAAUAAGUAUAUGUAUAUAUGUAUAUAGUGCAUUUGAUUGUUGUUUUUAU